CACAUCUCUACUGCUAAACUUUGCCCCUAAAUGUACUGGUCACAUGAUUGUGACAUCAUCACAGGUCCUACACCUCCAGCAUGUAGCAGAUACAGAGCAGGUCCUGGUGGGGCAGUCACUGCUGUUGUGUUGUGUGUGGAGAUCUCUCAGAGCAGCAGCCCCUGAUCAUGUGACUCCUCCUCCAUGUGACUGAUCACAUGACGGUGACAUCAUCGCAGGUCCUGUAAGCACACGGCUCCUCUACAGAUACAGGUUUCUCCAAUCCAGGAUCCUCUGCUGAUAUCUUCUAUAUAAGAGAAUUCUCAUGGAUGACCCAUCAACCAUGGAGAGAGACAGGAACAAGAUGGCCGACAGGAUCAUAAACCUCACCCUACAGAUACUCUUCCGGCUUACUGGAGAGGAUUACACAGUAGUGAAGAAGUCCUCUAGUGGGCGCUGUCGGGCCCCUGUGUGUGAAGGAUGGGGAAGAACCCUGAGCCCAAUCCCGGGGCCCCCACCUCACUCCCUGAUACAUGAGGAAAUGGAUGAACAGAAGAUCCUAGAACUCAUCAACAAGAUGAUGGAGCUGCUGACUGGAGAGGUUCCUAUAAGGUGUCAGGACGUGGCGGUCUAUUUCUCCAUGGAGGAGUGGGAGUAUGUAGAAGGACACAAGGAUCAGUACAAGGGUCAGGUAAUGAUGGAGGAUCAGCAGCCCCUCACAUCACCAGUCAAAUCCAGUAAGAAAACAGCACCAGAGAGGUGUCCCCGUCCUCUUGAUGAGCAGAAUAUGGAGGACAUUCCUUUAGGGAAAGGUCUGAUCUAUAUUAAUGCUACAGACAUAAAGGAAGAAGAAGAAGAGACAGAUGUGAGUGGUGAUGAGCAGUAUAAGGUGGACAAUGACAUUCCUACAGGGAAAGAUCUGAUCUAUAUUAAUGCUACAGACAUAAAGGAAGAAGAGACAGGUGUGAGUGGCAAUGAGCAGUAUGAGGAGAACAUUCCUACAGGAAAAUAUCUGAUCUAUAUGAACGCUACACACAUAAAGGAAGUAAAAGAGACAGAUGUAAGCGGUGAUGAGCAGUAUAAGGAGGACAUUCCUACAGGGAAAGAUCUGAUCUAUAUUAAUGCUACAGACAUAAAGGAAGUAAAAGAGACAGAUGUAAGCGGUGAUGAGCAGUAUAAGGAGGACAUUCCUACAGGGAAAGAUCUGAUCUAUAUUAAUGCUACAGACAUAAAGGAAGAAGAAGUGACAGAUGUGAGCGGUGAUGAGCAGUAUAAGGAGGACAUUCCUACAGGUAACCACCCAGAUUCUUGUACCAGGAGAUCAGAGGAGAAUCUUAUAUCUUCAGAUUAUAAAGCAGAUGAUGAUAUCACACAAGAUACAUAUGAAGAACAUUCCAUUAUCCCAGAUACACCCUCAGCCCUUCACAGCCAAGAUCUGUCAUCUCAUCCUUAUAUACAGGUCCUGUCUUCUCAGUCAUCACUGGAUGUUCAGCAAAAAAGUUACAGAAGGGGUGUUAUACAUAAAAGAGCUCAAAGAGGAAAGAAGCCAGUUUCAUGUUCAGAAUGUGGGAAAUGUUUUACUUUUAAAUCAGACCUUGGUGUACAUCAAAGAACUCACACAGGAGAGAAGCCAUUUUCAUGUUCAGAAUGUGGAAAAUGUUUUACUGACAAAUCAAGUCUUCUUAGACAUCAAAGAACUCACACAGGGGAGAAGCCAUUUUCAUGUUUAGAAUGUUGGAAAUGUUUUACCCGGAAAUCAGACCUUGUUGUACAUCAAAGAACUCACUCAGGAGAGAAGCUACUUUCAUGCUCAGAAUACUCCUGA